AUGCCGUUGCCAGUUUCAUACUGGCAGCGGAGCCAUUGGAUUGGCACCAUUUCUUUUCUCAUCCUUGUGCUGGCGGCGCGCAUCAUGUCGGCGCUGCUGGAAAACCUGAGGUACAGAGCAGAGAGUACCCAGGUGACGCAUCAGCAAGAUGAAGCGAACAACACUGAGGGCAAGUUUGGGAUUCCUCGGUUUGAUGGCAAUCCGAACAUGCUGCAGGAGUAUGCCUACCGAGUGAAAACCAAGAUAGCAAAGGAAGCUGAGAUGUCGAAAGAUGAGGUGUCGAAGUUGGGGCCAUUAGGCCUUAGACUGGUGGAAGGACUUCGUGGACAAGCUUUUCGCCUGGCACAACAAGUAGACAUCAGUGUGUUAGCUUCCUCAGCUGGCCCAACAACUUUGCUGAAGACAUUGAAUGACAACUUGAAGCCCAGGAAAGAGCAGGAAGCACGUGAGUUGUAUGCAGCUGGAUCACGUGAGGGCGGAUUGUUGUCACGACAACAUGGAGAGCCAAUGUCUUCAUACGUUGCGAGACGGACUUCCUGGUGGAGCACUCUGCAAUCCUUGGACCAGGAGCUGAAGGUACCUGAUGUGCUGUUGGCCGAGAUGACAUUGGCCAAUGCUGGAAUCUCAGAGGAUCAGCGUUUGAUGAUCCGUACAGUUUUGCAGGGAAGAGUGACGACGGACACAAUCGCCACUGAGCUUUUGUCACAACAUCCCAAUAUCCAUGAGCGCGAGCGUAGAUCUGGAAGGUCCAAAGGACAUGGCAACAAAGGUUCUUGGAGGUUUCCACCAAGACACAAAGGUGGACACCGUGGAUUUUUCUCAGAAGAUCUACAAACUGGCAUGGACGAUUGGGAGACUGGCUCUCAGUCAUUGACUGGUUUUUCUGCCGUAUUGGAUGAAGAGCGCUAUGACCCUGAGUAUGACGAGACCCUUGCGUAUGUGGCCGACUCGCAGUAUGACAUGUCCCAUGACGAGGACGAGGAUGGAUUUCUGGUGAUGAAUUUCGCACUGCUGUGCGAGGAUGGCCUUGAUCUACAAAAUGAUGAAGCAUGUGCAUUGGCGGCCGAGUCUUUGCAGUUGGAGCAUGAGGCCUAUCUUCUCAGAGGCCAUGGAAAGGGCAAGGGACAUGGAGGUUUUCAAGCACAGAGACAAUUUGACAUCUCUGGCAGUGUCUCCUUUCAGGAGAGAAAGGCACGUUUGGCCCAGCUGAAAGCCCGCACAGAAUGCCGACGGUGUGGAGCCAAAGGACACUGGAGUGGAGAUGCAGCAUGUCCCAAAGGUCAGAAAAAGGGUGGAUCCAAGAAGCACCAAGGUACCAGCCAAACCUCUACGAGACCACCGCAGUCAGCACAGGGGGGAAAGUCAAGCAACAAGAAUGCCAAGCCACGAGUGGUGUACUUUUCACAUCGUGGUGAUCCUGGGCAAGAUGGUUUUGGAUACAUGGCUAUCAAGAAGGAGCCCAAUGAUGAUUUGUCACGCCCAGCAGGGGUGUGUGUGCCUCCGCCUACAUCUUUGCAGAGCUCAUCAUCCCUGUGGAGCUCUAUGGACAGUUCUCAGCCUUCGGCAUCUUUUGCCGACACUUUGACCAACAUGGUAGCGGCUGCAGCUGCGAGCAACCCAUUGGUGUCAGUUCCACGAGCGGAAGAACCAGCACGUGGACGCAGUAUUGCCAGAGACACCCACCACUAUGGGCAGAAGACUUACAGCUACAGUCCAACGUCCGAAGCUGAGAGUGAACCAGAUCAAGAUCACAAUCUUCCAGUUUUCUUGCAACGUUCAACUGCAGAGCAUGUGCCCAGCUCGCCUUUGCCGGCUGACUCACCCACCGAGAGCUCAACAGCCAUCAUGCGUACAUCCGAUGAACUGGAUACCGCACUUCUUCUAGAAGCUCUUGGAGCGGGUUCAACUGAGGUUGUGCAUGGAGCGUUGCAACAGUUGACAGAUCUUGAGAUGGAAGUUGAUGGUGAGGGUAUUGCAACCGCAGUCAUGAUCCCACCAAAUGUGCAAGUGAUCAACCCUCAAACUCUUUUGAGUGCUCAGCAAGUUUUGCCUCCCAUCGAAGCCUUGGAAGAGCGUCGUAUGGACCAAUUGACCGAAUGGCUGGAUUCCCAUUCACCUGAUGAUCCACGCUAUGCAGAAGCGAGCAAAGAGCGCUGGAAUGAGUUCAGGCCUGGUCAUCCUCUUUGCACCGAGGCUGACAUUUCCAAUCUGGAGCGAUGGAGACGAAACAUGCUGGCCGGUUUUCGACCGGAGUUGCAACCUUUGCCAAAGCCAUUGCCUGCGCCAGCCAAAGCUGCGUCAGUUGCUGCUGUACCAGUUCCACCACAAGUUCCUGGUGGCAAUCCCAACUGUGAGCACAAGAAUGUCACCAAGAAGGGCAGCAACAAGCAUGUGGAGAUGGAAACGUGCCGAAAGUACGCCGAGAUGCCACAGCAGUUCAAGGACAACUUCCUGGUCCCAACACUGCCCAACAAGAUGCAUGUCCACAUCCACGCAUCAGUAUGGCCAUCAAUGGCGCAACACGUGCACGACAUGCGGCAAGGUCCACAUGCAACCCGAAAAGCUGCUGGUGCAACUCUUGCAGAGGCCAAACCACUUGGGAACUUCAACAUGGACCAAGUGGAGGAGAUCUUCAAGACCUGUCUGGUCGUUGCAAGAGUGAAGGCCGCAGAAGAUCAAUGUCAGCAGAUGUCUUCAGGUGCCAUGCAUCGUAUCAUGGAUGCAGUCUGCAUGACUAUGUCAGAAAGUAUGCCCUCAACUCAGCCGAGCUCUAUGGCAUCACAGGCUGAUGAGAAGGACAACAAACCUCUCUCAUUUGGAGAGUAUCGUGGCAGAACUUUCCAAGAUGUCCUGCAGAACGAGCGCAAGUAUGUUGAAUGGUGCCUGACACAGUCUGCAACCAGCAACAGAAAACUCAGGGAAUUCAUCAACUACAUCCAGAGAAGAUGCAAUCCACGUUUUGGGCUGAUGGCAACGGCGACAACCACAGCUGGUGGAUCUGAGAAUGAUCUGAUCGCCAUUUUGGACUCAGGCUGCAAUCGCACAUGCCAUGGAGACAAAUGGCUGAAGCGAUGCAUGAGCACCGUUGACCAACACCAUUUUCCUUUGGAACCGGACCAUGGAGGUGGAUUCAGAGGCAUUGGAGGUGCAAUCAACACUACAGGUGUUCGCAACCUUGAUGUCUGCUUUGAGAUUGGCGAUGGCAUGGCAGUUGGAGAGAUCGACAGCAUUGAGCUGGAGAACAGCGAUGCCCCUUUGCUUCUCUCCAUCUCCGACCAGCGGAAGCUUGGCCUGACGGUCACACUUGGUGAGCAGGACCGUGUCUACAGCUCAACCUUGCAAGCCGAGCUGAUUGUCACCAACAUGAAUGGCCUGCUUGGAGUUCGCCUUUUACCCAAACAUUUGGCGAUGCUUGGAAUCUCAGAUGCCCAGCCUGAAACUCAGCCUGAUGACAUGGCAAUGGAUUGCGCUCCUUCCUCAACAACGGAACAAGUUUUGAUGGAUGCCUUUUCAACCAAUGACAUUCCAUUCUCAACAACUGAAGUGCCUUUUUCAGUGCCAGCGUAUGAACCUUAUUCAGUGCAACAGCUGGCAUCUAUGGGCGCGGACUUGGACUUGGAUUUGUCCGUAGCUCAUGGGUGUCAGAAGUUUCAUCAAGAGCUACAGCAACAGCAUGAAACGUAUGUGGCUGUGGAGGAGGAAACCAGAAAGACUUUGAGCAAGAGCCAACGCAAGUUCCUGGAGCAGUCGGUGGAAGAGAUUCAAGCCAGCGACGUGAGCCUGUGGGCAACUUUGAAAAACAGGAAGGCCCAGACACCUUUGCCCCGAGGCUGCAAGACCUUCCUCAUGGAGAUCUUUGCUGGCGCUGCAGUUUUGACAUCCAUGGCCAUGUCACUUGGACUUCCUGUGGCAGCUCCCAUCGACAUCAAGGUGCGAGCCGAGAUUGAAUCUCACAUCGACCUGAUGGACCCCUACUGCGUCACUUUUGCUCCAGUCUGUGGUCCUUGGGGUUCAUGGAGUCGCCUGAAUCUUCAAAGAGGCGAAGAAACCAGAGAGGCCAUUUUGCAACAACGUGAUGCCUGGUAUCCAUGUCUCAAAUGGAUUGAGCGAAUGGUGCGGAAGCGAAUGGCCCGUGGACGCAAGUUUUUGGUGGAGAAUCCAUGGCCAAGUGAGCUUUGGAACACUUUGUGCAUGGACAAGCUCAUUUGUGAAGCACCAAUGGAUGCGGAGACCGGUGAGCCUUUGGAGCUUGUGCGUGGCGAUCAAUGUGAAUUUGGACUUUGUGAUCAACAGAAUGGCCUGCCAUAUUUCAAGCCAACUGGCUUCAUGACCGCAUCUUCGGGCAUCAAGAACAAUGUGCAGCGUAGAUGCACUGGCAAUCACACCCAUCAACCUCUUGAAGGUGGCCGACGCACACGUCUUGCACAGCACUGGCCUCAAGCCCUGUGUCGUGCGAUCAUCAAUGGACUUUUGGAUGAUUUGCACAGCAGGACAGUUUUUGCAGCUUUCCAUGAAGCAUCAACUGAAGAGGCUGACCAUGAUGGAGCUGACUUAGGCAGCUUGGACUACAUCUACAACGAAGAUGACAUGAGCAGAGAUCCAAUCAUCUCUCAACGAGUUGAUGCCCAUGAACUUCAAAGAAUGGAAGCUCUGGAGGAGAUGCCAAACCCUCCAGAUCUCAUGGAGUUGGAAGCCACGAGAAAGUUCAAGUGGCUGAGAGCUCCCAGAGAGACCAGAGUGGCACUUCGCCGCUUGCACCAUAUGACUGGUCACGGCUCCAAUUCAUCUAUGCUUCAACUUUUGAGAACUGCAGGUGCAUCCUCAGAAGCCUGCGAAGCUGUGCGGCAUUUUGCUUGCGAAACUUGCAGAAAACGUGAACCUGUCAAGAAGCCGCCAGUUGUCAAGGAGCCCAACAAGAUGGUGUUCAACUAUGAGAUCUCUGCAGAUUGCUUUGAAAUCCAUGAUGCAGCUGGCAACAGGCACACAGUGCUUUCUGUGAUUUGCCUUGGAACCCUCUAUCACCAAGCAUGGUGGGUGGCGCCUGGUGGAGUUCCGAAAAGCAGCGUUUGUGCAGAAGCACUGCUGAAUGGAUGGUUUCAACCAUUUGGAGCUCCUCGUAUUUUCACAUGUGAUCGUGGCGUUCAUCACCGAGGGCGAGUACAAGAUCUCUUGCGCAUUCAUGGAGUUCAGUUGCGCUAUGGUGCAUUGGAAGCCCCAUAUCAGAUUGGACGCACAGAGCGUCAAGGUGGUGUGCUGAAAGAAGUUCUGAAAGGAGCCAUAGAAGAGCGGCAGAUCAUUGGUGUCAAGGACAUGAAGAUGCUCAUCGCCGAGAGCACGACCGUGAAGAACUGCCGAGUGAAUCACCAGGGAUUUACCCCUGCUCAAUGGGUUCUUGGCAGAUUGCCAACAGACUCCACUUCAAUCACUGCCGAAGAAGCUGAGGGCUAUGCACUUGGAGUUCAUGCAGAACUGAUGGAACCAGAAGAGCAGUUCGCUCGACAAUUGGAAAUCCGACAGGCUGCCAAGAUGAGUUUUGCCAAAGCUGACAGCAGCCGAAGAGUCCGUGCAGCUCUCCUUCGCAAGUCUGUCCCUCUUCGAGGACCAUAUGCCCCAGGUGAUUUGAUUUGCUUCCACCGAAAAGGGCGCUGGCAUGGACCUGCACGAAUUGUUGGAAAGGAUGGCAGAUCGACCUUUUGGGUCAUUCAUGCAGGCAUUCCCAUUGUCGUUGCGGAGAACCAGAUUAGACCUGCAACAUCGGCCGAAGUGAUGGUCAAGCAGAUCCUUGAAUUGAGGCCAAGCAGGAAACGCCAAAGAGACAUCAAUGAAGGCGUGGAAGACAUCCCUUUCCAUGAUGAUUUGGUCAUGCCGCAUUUGCAGCACGAAGAUGACCAGCCAUCUUAUUUGGAAUUGCCGAAUGAACCUGGAGCUCAAGGUGGACCUAUGGAUUUUCCUGGCACUGCUCCACCUGGUCUGGAUUUACCGAUGGACGUGCCUGCUCCUCCCGGCUUGGAUUUGGACUUUGAUGCCGGCGGAGCACCACCUGCCUCUGACGCUGUUGGUCCCAGUUUGGAACCACAACAGCCACAACCUGAGUCAGAGCAAGCUCCCACAUCAGCAAUACCUACUGUGCCUUCAACUCCUGCGAUGGAUCAGCCUAUUCCUCAGAUAGGCCUCAAUGAAGCUUUGAGAAGAUCUGCAGACAACUUGGAUGGCCACCACUUGAGAUCUAUGCCACCUCCGACAUCAACAGCAACAACAUCAAGACGUGAUCGAUCUCGAUCACCACAUCGAGAAGCAGGCAACAUUCCUGUGCCUCGAGAAGAGCAAGCCAUGGAUGAUUCAGAAGAUCGACGAGAUCGACAUUUCCAUGCAUUCUUGUCUCAUCGCAAUUUUGGUGCCUAUUUGGCCAGGAAACCUGUGAAGAAGAAACGUCAAGUUGGAGCUGGACGUGAACUGAACUAUGGAAAGAGUGCGACUGAUGUUCAACAAGCCCUGGAUCAAACCAGGCUCAAGGAAUGGAACAGCUGGAAACAGUUUGAAGCCGCGAAGGUACUACCUCCUGGCCCUGAACAAGACAAGUUUCUGGCUGAGAAUCCUGAUUUGGUGAUCAUUCCAAGCCGUUGGGUUGACGUGGACAAGUCUGAAGAUGCAAGUCAACCGCAAUACAAAUCGCGGCUUGUUGCCCGGGGUGAUCUGGAAAAGAACGACAGUCAGGUGCGCACUGACAGUCCUACCUCCAGCCAGUUGUUUCUUCACACAGUGAUUUCUUUUUCAGUUUGCAAGAAGCGGAAACUCCGUGGUGGAGACAUAUCAGCUGCCUUCCUACAAGGCACGCGCAUCAAGCGCAAACUGGCGCUGAAGCUUCCUGCCGAUGGCAUUCCUGAUGAUGAGGUGGAGCCUGGAUCACUUUUGAUCUGUGAGAAGAGCGUCUAUGGCACUUGCGAUGCUCCCAGAGGCUUUUGGAAAGGGCUCUAUGAUACCUUGUUGGAAUGCGGCCUCAAGGAAGUUCCAAUGGAAACCUCAGCAUACUACUUGCCUGGAGCUGAAGGACAAGUACUUGGUUUGUUGGGGACCCACGUAGAUGAUUUGCUUUGGUGCGGCACUCCGGAGAUGGAUGAAGUGAUGCUCCGAGUGCAAGAGCGCUACAAGUUCAGAAUCACCAAUGCAGAAGAUUCAGAAGAUGGCAUUUUCAAGUUUUGUGGACGUUUGCUUCAUCAGACCAAUGAUGGUGUGACCAUUACAUCGCCUGGAGUUCUGGAUCGUGUGAAGGCCAUCUACAUCGAGCCCAUGCGCCGCAAGCAGAAAGGGCUACCAGCUACCACUUCCGAGAUCUCACAGCUUCGAUCGGUCGUGGGCAGUCUCAGCUGGUAUAGCCGUGUUUGCCGACCUGACAUUGCCUUUCAGGUGAAUCAGUUGCAGUCUGUUCAACAGAAGGCGCGUGUGGAAGACUUGAUGAUGGCAAACCGUUUGCUGAACUUUGCCUUAGAAACCAAGAAUCGCGGCGUCCAUUUUCCUGCAGAUGCCUUUGAAUUUGAAGACGCGGCUGUUUUGAGUAUCAAUGAUGCUAGCCAUGCCGCGAGCUAUGAUGCAACCAAUGAAGGGCACAUCGUUGGGCAUCGCUCACAGUCUGGUAGAUUGUUGGCUUUGAGUUCAAAAGAUUUCUUGAAGACGGGCAAGGGCAAGAUUCAUUUGCUCCAGUGGUCAAGCACGGUGAUCAAGCGUGUUUGCAGAAGUACUUUGCAGGCUGAAACUCUGAGCUUGCAAUUGGGCUCAGAAGAUGCUGAGCACAUGCGACAGAUGCUUUAUGUCAUCAAGAACAAAUCCAAUGCGAUGAAGCGAAGUGAAAACUAUAUCAAUGCCUUGGACGAGACGUUGGUUGGAUGGUACACUGACUGCAGGAGUUUGUCAGACCAUCUUACAAAUGUGAAUGCAGCUGCAGUGUCAGACAAGCGUUUGGCCAUAGACCUCACAAGCCUCCGACAGGAGUUAUGGCGUGAACGUGGUCAGCUGGUUGGAAACCCAACAUACUGUGAAGCACUUCCAGCGGAUCGAACCACGCUGUGUAUGUGGGUGGCGACCAAAACAAUGCCAGCUGACAGUCUGACCAAGCAGAUGAAAAGCCCGCAGAUGGACACUUUGAUGGCGAGUGGAUAUCUGCAUAUGAUGUUACAAAAGGAGGAACCAACAACUGGCCAAAAGAAUUUUGACGGGUGUGAAAUCUAA